CAUCUGCCACGACCCACAGAGUCGCGACUCCCUGACCAUGCGACUUGAUCGCGGCUAAAUGCGCGCGUCAAGAUGAUUAUCUCACGACUAGCUGGUCUGUUGGGCCUGUUGGCUGGAGCUGCUGCGUACAAGGCUCUUUCCGACGACAGCCUCCGCAGCAUUGCCGACCCUGCCGACGACUUUGACAUUCAACACGGAGCCCUGCUAGCUCCCAUCCUCCAGCCACGCGUCCCUGGAACUCCUGGCUCAACGGCCGUCCUCAAUCACUUUGUCGACUUUUUCCAGAAGUCGCUGCCAGAGUGGGAGCUGACCUUCCAGAACUCUUCGUCAAAGACGCCCAUCUCGGGCGACCAGGAGACGCCCUUUGUCAAUCUCAUAGCGACCAGAGAUCCACCCUGGACAGAUGAGGGUCAUGUCGGAAGACUGGCUCUAGUUGCCCACUACGACAGCAAAAUUGACCCGCCAGGCUUCAUCGGAGCCAUUGACAGCGCUGCUCCGUGUGCCAUGUUGAUGCACGCUGCCAGAAGCCUGGACGCCGCCUUGACUGCAAAGUGGAAACACAUGGAGGACGAGGGCGAGAGUGAAUUGGAGGAAGCAAGUGGUGUGCAGAUCAUCCUGCUGGACGGAGAGGAGGCCUUCAAGGUCUGGACACAUGACGACUCCAUCUAUGGCGCGAGAUCUCUGGCCGAAGAGUGGGAGCAGACGAUGCAUCCUGCCACCUCGACCUACCGCACCCCGCUCGAUGCCAUUGACCUCUUCGUCUUACUAGACCUGCUGGGUUCCGCCAAUCCAACCGUACCAUCCUUUUUCAAGACCACUCACUGGGCCUACUCGAACAUGGCGAAUGUCGAGUCAAGAUUACGCUCUCUCAAGCAACUCGAAACCUCGUCCAAGAACCCUUUUCUGCGAGAGGCCAACAAGAAAGAGUCUGACAGGUGGCUUGGCGGCGCUAUCGAAGACGACCACCUACCUUUCCAGGCUAGAGGUGUUGAUAUCCUCCAUAUGAUCCCCGCGCCUUUUCCCAAUGUCUGGCAUACCAUGGCUGAUGAUGGCGAACAUCUCGACAUACCUACCGUAAAGGACUGGGCCAAGAUUGUCACUGCUUUCACUGCCGAGUGGAUGGAAUUAGAUGGGUACCUUUUACCUCCCAAGAAGAGAUCCCCUGUGCCGGAAAUGGACAGGACGGAGCUGUGAGCAAUGAUACGAUUUUCCACAUCUUUUGUCGCUAAAUAUGCCGCUUUCGGGCAUGUGAGGAGAAUAUAUACAUUCCGCGCUUCAUGGACAACGCCGAGACCGUCGAUGCGACAUUCCUCAUUUCUCUCACGUUGAUGAUGCAUGCCAAGAAGAUACAUGAACACCACACCUUGGAAUCAUUAUACAGCAACCCUGCAGUACCUAGUCUAAGGCGCCGUAUGCACAAACUUCUCACUCCUACCUGUGCAAGUCUCAAGCAGGUAGGUCGAUCUUCUGCCCGAGUGGUAAGACAAAGAAGCGAUACAUAGUAAGCAUUUCUCUUUGUUCAUGAUGUGAUUUCUCACGCUCCGUCAGUCACCGUCUUUGAGAUGCCCGGAUGCGUAAAGCUUCCGUUUUCGUGUCCAGCACAUCUCCAACCCGCUGUGUAUAUCAUCUUUGUCUCCAUAACUCCCAACCUACUCUCUUUGCUCUAC